AUGACUGCACCGAACCCCUUCCGAUUCCUCGACCUUCCAAAAGAAAUUCGACUCAUUGUCUACGAGCGCCUGCCACGCCAGAUUAAACACCAUCAUGUCAUCAAUCCCUUCCAGUCAGAAGACCGCUUUGUUCUCAUCACGCGGUGUCUUCCAGUCGCUAUUCUCUCCACCUGCAAGUUCAUCAACUCGGAAGCCACCAACAUCGUUCGAAAGAUCCAGAAUGAGUUCAUUUUGAGUCAAUGUCCUCAGUUCAUCGCUAAUCGUCAGCUUUUCUUCCAAACCGGCUUCAUGAGUGCUUUGCCCAAGGUCCAGGGGAAGGAGACUUGUUGGCUGAUAGCGUACGCCGCAGUCUCCAAGCGCUUGCCAGAGGCUGCUUCGAUGAAGCGGUGGUCAAAGCCGCCGCCGCAAGGUUCAACGCUCAGUCUUGUCGCCAGAUAG